AUGUCAUUUACAAUUUGGCUCACUUGGUUAAGAGAGUUGGUUCAAGUUACCAGGUUUAUUUGGAAGCCUUACAACAUUAAAGAAGCUGGAGAGGCAGCUGUCAAAAAGUUUGAAUUGGAGUUGAACAUUUCUAUAUUCAGUGUGUUGACAACCACUGCUCUAGAUUACAGAUAUGAAUUGCAAUGGGAUGCUGAUGCAAGAAAGAAUUGGUGGAGGAUGGAGAGGACCACGAAGUUCGUAUUAGAUGCACAUGAGGCGGCAACGAAACUUGAUGCGCUAACUUAUAGCAGCAGAAUGAACAUAUCAAGAUUUGAAGAAGUAGUCAAAAAGACUAUUGCCGUUGCUGAUGACACUGGUGUGGAAAAAAAUGAGACACGCAUCAUCAGCAAAAUCAUUGACAGUAUCACCAAUUCCCGUGAUAACCAAAAUAGCAUUCAUAUCAAGUUGUCGAAAAAGAAUGACGUCUUGCAACUUCACUCACAGUGGGGAUGA